AUGGCAUCUCUAUCCUGCCUCGCCAAGGCCUGCCCCGCCGCUGCUGGGGAUGCAGCAUGGGAGGGAGACGUGUGCCGCUACCGCAAGACCCACCAGCACACGGUAGAUGCCCCGGCCGGGGCGCCGCCCAUCGUGCUGCUGCCCGGGUUUGGGAACAACACUCUGGACUACACAGCUCCCUUUGGGGACGAGGAGGCCGGCAUUGCUGCGGCUCUUCAGCGGCGGGGGUUCCGCGUCUAUGUGCUGCCGCUCACUCGCCAGGACUGGUUCAAGGUGGGGCGCUCCAUCUUCACCCUCGGCUUCUGGGCCAGCCCGCCCACCCUCACAACACACCCUGGCUACACGUGGUACCUUGAGCGGGUGAAAGAUUUGGUGGAUCGGGCACGGAUGGAGACCGGCGCGGAGCAAGUCGACCUGCUGGCACACAGCGCCGGCGGCUGGCUGGGGCGGGCCUUCAUCGGGCAGGAGCAGUACAAGGACGGCGCCAGCCUCUCGGCCGACACGCUGGGCAGCGGCGACCUGGAACCGCACCCCGCCGUGCGUGCCCUGGUCACGCUGGGCACGCCGCACUCUGCGCCGCCGCCGGACAAGAUCAAGGACAUGACUGGCGGGGCGCUGACCUGGACCAACUCCAUGUGGCCCGGCGCUUUCUUCGCGGACCAAGGCGUCAAGUAUGUGUGUGUGGCGGGGCGCGCGGUGCGAGGCAACAAGGAGGCCGACCGGCGCACGCUCAGCGGGUACAGCCACGGCUCGUACGAGCAGGUGUGCGGCGAGGGCCACGAGGUGGAGGGGGAUGCGGUGGUGCCGCUGUGCAGCGCGCUGCUGGACGGGGCGGAGCAUGUGGUGCUGGAUGGCGUCAUGAGCCGCAUCCGCACCUUCAACGAGCCAGCGGAUGUGCCCUGGUAUGGGAGUGAAGCUGUGCUGGACGCGUGGCUGCACCACCUGGCCUGA